AUGAGGUUCAGCUGGCUGGCCCUCGUGCUGUUUUCCCUGUCCUCUCUCGGGAGAGCAGAGCUGUCGCUAUCCUCGGCACUGACAGAGUUGCCCGCAUGUGCUCUGGCCUGUCUGGUUGAUGGGUUGGAGGGUUCGUCCUGCGGCACGACCAAUGUGACAUGUCAAUGUAACAGCGCUUCACUCCAGAGCAAUGUGACGAGUUGCAUUGAAGAGUCAUGUACAAUCAUUAAAGCCCUGGAGGCCAAGAACAUCACGCAGACGCUGUGCGACGCUCCUGUACGAGACAGAUCGGUAGAGUACAAGGUGCUAUCCAUCGCCCUUGGUGGAUUCUCGAUAUUCUUCGUGUUGACUCGAGUGCUGUAUAAAUUGUUUUGGGGACCGGCAGAUCUUGGGGUUGACGACUAUGUUGUUCUGUCCAUGGUGAUUUUGGCGGUGCCAAAUAUCCUUCUUAAUGUGCGGUAUGCGGCGACAAACGGGCUCGGCCGAGAUAUAUGGACGCUGAAGCCAGACCAAAUCACCCGGUUCCUUCUGUUCUUCUAUCACAUCUCGUGGUUCUACCUGGCUCUUGUGGCGCUCCUGAAGCUGGCUCUGCUAUUCUUCUACCGGCGCAUUUUUCCCGGAAAAGGGGUGCAACUCAUCCUUUGGGUGACCAUAUUCGUUGAUAUCGUAUUCGGCCUGGUGUUUGUUUGUGUCUCUGUCUUCCAAUGUCAGCCGAUAGAUUAUUAUUGGAACCGUUGGGACGGAGAGCACCAGGGAACCUGUCUCAAUAUCAACGCGAUUACCUGGUCCAACGCAAUCAUCAGUAUUGCACUCGACCUAUGGAUGUUAGCCAUCCCACUUUGGCAGCUUACCAAGCUGCAGAUGCACUGGAAGAAAAAAGCCGGCGUUGCGCUGAUGUUCUGCGUGGGAGCGUUCGUGACUAUCGUCAGCGCCAUUCGUCUCUCAUCUCUUGUCAAUUUUGCAAACUCGACAAAUCCCACAUGGGACGAAUGGGAUGCCGCGGUCUGGUCCACGAUUGAAAUCAAUGUUGGUAUUAUAUGCGCUUGCAUGCCUACGAUGCGUGUCAUUCUGGUUCGCCUUUUCCCCAGACUCAUGGGGUCAACUCGAUCUGAUCCUCGACAUUAUUAUGAGUCUGGCAGCAGAAGCCGAGGCCGCAAUCGCUCAACCACCAGGCGAAGUGGUUUCCCAUCCAUACCUCAAGGUAAAGAUGGCAUUGUGCGAUCCAUGACAUAUACCGUGGACUAUGGAGAUGACGAAGAAGUCAUCAACGUUCGUCAUAGCACUCUGAAUGAUUCCAAAAAUGUCCCCCGAAUCAUUGUCUACGACGUCUUCAUCAGGGAAACUUGUUGA